AACGGUCGUCCAGUCAGAGAGAACAGCAUCGCUCUGCGUUACAUCACCGAUCCAACCCAAAGCUCUGCGGAUAAGGAAGACUGCACGGGUCACGAGUACAUGAACCAGAGCAUGAGUGAGACCAGCCGGAGCAGCAGGCUGUCGGACGUUUUAAAUCCCAACUACGAGGACCUGAGCCAGGGCUGGGGUGCCACCUCCUUCCCCUCCCCGCUGGGGGAUCCAAAGCCCUUCGCCAGGGUUCCCGACGGACCGGAAUACCUGAACACCGCCCAGAGCUCGCUGCCCUUGGCUGCCAGCGACAGCCUCGACAACCCAGACUACCAGGCCGACUUCCUGCCGCAGGCUCCGCCCCCCUCUGUCAAUAACACCACUCUAACGCGGAACGGUCUUUUCCUUCCGACAGCAGAGAACCUGGAGUACCUGGGCCUGGGGGCUGCACUGCACGCCCCUGUCCGCUAGGGGGCAGCAUUCACAAACUGAAACUGUGAGGCUCUGUGGAAACACAGUGUCAGACUUGAACUGCAGACAGUCAAGUCAAGUUUAUUUAUAGAGCACAUUUAAAAACAACCAGUGUUGGCCAAAAUGCUUUACAAGGUAAAAAGUCAAAAGUACAUGAAGACAACAAUAAACAACAACAUAACAGGAUAUUACUGUCCUCUUCACAAGAAGGACAAAGAGAAGAGAUGUGUCUUCAACAAAGAUUUCACACAUUCAUCAGAGGGGGGCCGAUCUUAAUUGGAGUGGCAAGCCGUUCCAGAGCUUGGGGGGCCGCUGCUGCAAAGACUCGGUCCCCCCGGGUUUUAAGGCGUGUUUUAGGCAAAUCCAGGAGCAGCUGGUUUGUUGACCUCAGUGAAGAUCAGCCAAGUAGGAUGGUGCCAAUCCAUUCAGGACCUUGUAUGUUAAAAGUGCAACUUUAAAAUCAAUCCUGUGACGGACUGGGAGCCAGUGGAGAGCACACAGCACAGGUGUGAUGUGCUCCCUCUGUUUCCUGCCAGUCAGGAGGCGAGCAGCAGCGUUUAGAGCGAGCUGCAGGCUCUGAAUAGACGACACGUCUAAGCCCACAUACAAAGAGUUACAAUAGUCAAGCCUAGAAGUAAUAAAGGCAUGAACCACUCUCUCUAGAUCCUUAGGAGGGAGAUAGGCCUUCACCUUCACUAUGAGUCUCAGCUGGAAGAAGCUGGACUGAACCACAGAAGAGAUUUGUUUCCCAAAUUUAAAGCCCCUGUCAAAAUGAACACCGAGGCUCUUUACAGAGGAGGGAAUAUUUACUGUGAGAGGGCUGAGAGCGCUCCCAUGGAACUGUUGGGGCUGUCCAAAUACAAUGACCUCAGUCUCUUCCUCAUUAAGGUGCAGAAAGUUUUGAACUGCAGACAGUGUUUGAUUUAUGUUUCUGUUUUGGAGUGUGGCUCAAAUGCUGACAGAGCAGCUCCUCAGACAUCAGUCACUGAGGGAGGAGAGAGUUUCUCUCUCUCCCAGUCUGGAAUCUUUAACAUCACAAGCAAGAGGAUUAAAAAAACAAACAGUUUCUGAAUGAAACACAGCGAGGAGAUCCGGACAGAAGACACAUGAUGGAGUUUUAGAGGCACUGAAGCCAGUCUUUCUCCUUGUGUCCACUUCAUCCUCUCUUUGCGUACUCUCAUUAGUUCAGAAGCACCUUGAAAAUAAAACACAUCAGGAAAGAAUGUAGAGAAGGCUCAACAUGACUCCAACUGUUUCUAUGAAAACUAUGAAUGGAAAUUAAAAUUGACUUGCUUUUAAUUUGAAUCAUAAAAGCUGCAGCUGGACGGAGCUCUGCGUCUCUGCUCAGGGAUCGGACACAGUGGCGCCCUCAGCUGGUGAUGUGGCGUCCUGCAGCUCAGAUCUGAGAGAGUUUCUUUAAGUGACAGUUAGAAAUAUCUGUGCUGUUAGGAGGACGAGAUGUUUCUUGUUAUAGUAACGACAGAUAUGUCACUUUUGAACAUCUCUGUCCAGGAGGACGUCUUUUUAAGGAUUUAAAUUGAACCCAGACGGUUUCACACCUUAGUUCACGUCCAGUAUUUAUCAGAACUCCUCUAAUGAAGACACAUUUUAUAUGACAUGAUGAUAAUGAACGUCAGAUUAUAACAUUUUCUCUGGUUGUGGUGCGUCCAACUUUUUACAAUCUCACUUUCACAAAAAUGUAAAAAGCACAGAAAACCGUAACGGCCGCACUGUGCCGGUUUGAAAGACUCGGCGUGGACACAGUUUUAGUUUUUCAUCUCUCACUUCUUCAGCGUGUGUGUGUGUGUGUGUGUGUGUGUGUGUGUGUGUGUGUGUGUGUGUGUGUGUGUGUGUGUGUUCACUCUGGGAUGAUGUGUUUGUGUUUCCACUUGAACACGAUGUUGUUAAAGCUCCUGAGAGGAACUUUCAGUCUGUGUUGAUUUUGGCGCCCCCUGUGGACAGACAGGAUAAAUUCUAACCCUAACACCUUAACAUUACCCUAAACCCUAAUCCUUACCUUAACCCUAAACCGUAAACCCUAUCCCUUACCCUAAACCCUAAACCUCACCCUAAACCCUAUCCCUUACCCUAAACCCUAAACCCUGACCCUAAACCCUAAUCCUUACCUUAACCCUGACCCUGACCCUAAACCUUACCUUAACCCUAAACCGUAAACCCUAUCCCUUACCCUAAACCCUAAACCUCACCCUAAACCCUGACCCUAAACCCUAUCCCUUACCCUAAACCCUAAACCCUGACCCUAAACCCUGACCCUAAACCCUGACCCUAAACCCUAUCCCUUACCCUAAACCCUAACUUAACCCUAAACCCUAAACCCUAUCCCUUACCCUAAACCCUAACUUAACCCUAAACCCUGACCCUAAACCCCAAAACCCCAAUCCUUACCAUAACCCUAAACCCUAACCCUAAACCCAAAACCCUAAUCCUAAAUGAACCCUAACCCUUAACCCAAACCCCAUGACCCUAAAACCAAACCCUAACUUAACCCUAACCCCUAAUCCUUACCCUAAAUCCUAACUUAACCGUAACCCCUAAUCCGUACCCUAAACCCUAACUUAACCCUAACCCUAACUUAACCCUAAACCCUGACCCUAAACCCUAAUCCGUACCCUAAACCCUAACUUAACCCUAAACCUUAACUCUAACCCCAAAACCCCAAUUCUUACCUUAACCCUAAACCCUGACCCUAAGCCUAAAACCCUAACUUAACCCAAAACCCUAAUCCUAAACGAUCCCUAAACCAACCCCAACCUAACCCCUAACCCUAACUCUAAACCAACCCUAACCUGACCCCUAAUCCAAAACCCUGACCCUAAACCAACACUAAACUUAACCCCUAAACCCUAACCUGACCCUAAUUCUAAAUCUAACCCUAAACCUUACCCCCCUAAUCCCUACCCUAACCUAACCCCUAAACCCAACCCAACCAUAUUCCUUACUCCUAAAUCAUCCCUCACCUAACCCCUAACCGGACCCAAACCCCAAACCAACCCCUAAACCCUUACCCCAACCCUAAUCCUAACCCCUAACCGGACCCAAACCCAAACCCCUAACCCUAAGGUUUCCUCAGAGCGAGUAUCGUCUCGAUAAAGGGAAUAUUUAAGUUCUUAUUGUACGAUGAUUUCAAAAACAACUGAAGUUAAUUUAGUGUUUAUUAUCAGGUCAACACAUCCGGACAGCAGGCGGCCAUUAAUCACAAAGAACACCUUUUUUUUAAAGUCACGUCGUCAUGGCAACAGAGAUGUAUCUGAGAAACACAAGGCAGCAUUAGUAGCAGCUAGCAUUAGCAUCAUUAAUGUGAGUUAUUACGGCUGAGUAUCGGCUCGUGUCGAAGCAUCCAUUUUUGUUUCAGACCGUUUCUUUGUCAGCUGAAAACUCCUCACAGGAGCUUUAAGGAGUGAAAUCAGGAAGCAGUUCUCAUCAGGUGGAACAUCGUUACUGACACGAAUCAAACUCAGUUUUCUUUUUGCUCCUUUGACUUUCUUUCCUCGAGUGUUUACGGACGUUAGCUCUGUAGAUUCUGUUCCUGCACACUGACUCCUUCUGCUGUUACAGUCUGUGAAGGUUGAACACUGCCGUCUGUAGAACAGUCCGGACGCUCAGGGGCAGGUCCAUGAUUCAUCUUACUCUGGACUGGAUUUUCAAAAUAAAAGUGCGUUGCCAAGACCUGGAUCACCAGAGCUCUAAAUGGGAUUACUUACUUUCUGUGUAUGGAGACACAGAAAAUCAAAGGAAACAAAGCUGACUGGACUAAAGAUGUAAACUAUGAUGGCCUGUGCUUCCUGAAGCGACAGAGGAUGUGUGAUGUGUUUGUUUCACUGUGUAGCAUUUUAGUUUGAAUGUUUCAAAAUGUGAUAUUUGUCGUGAAUCGAGCGUCUGAGGACUCUUGAACGUGGUGAAGCUACCUUUCUGUGACCAAACAUUAAAGUCCUUGUGUCUGUC